AUCCAUGAGUGCUCAGAUUGGGAUCAACGAAAAUCCUGGAUACGUGGCAAAGUUGGGAAUCCUCAAGUUAAUCACAGAACUGAACUCUGUGGCUACAGGAAUGCCAUGGGUUGUCUCUCAAUCACUUCCAUUCAGAAUCAGCUAUCACGGCAGAACCCCAAGACUGCCUGCCAGCACAGGGUGACAGGAAGAGGUCAGUGGAGAGUGAAACACCCCUCACUAAUGUGCAGCACAAGGUGGCAGUUCCGAGAAACAGCAGUCUGCCCCCAGGUUUAGAGGCCAGGGACGCACCUGCCACAGACUCCAGAAAGGAAACAUGGCAAACGCUUCUGAACAGUGACACAGAGGACGCGUUCACCCAGGGAAAGUCCCCGACUCCCACGCACACUCCCCAGACAAGCCAAUUGGAGCCCGCACAGCGGAAGCGAAACCGGAAGCGCCACGUCGAAGGCGUGGGUGGACGUAGGCGCGCCGACGUCAGGUGCCGUCUUUCCGGCGAUGGGUGGUCCUGGGAUCCGCCGGGGAGGCGGAGCGGAGCGGAGGCGGGGCUUUGGGCUGCCUGCGGCUCUGGUGGGAAGGUGGGUUCAGACCGAGGGGACUACGGGUCGGCGUUAGGCUCAGUGGGCUCGAAACAAAGGACUCUGCGAUCGAGACUCGGCGCGGCGCUUUCGGACCGGUAGCUGCACGGCCAAUCGAGGCUUCUCGGCCAACCAACCAGUGCCCUCGCCGCGCAGUCUCAGUCGGCUUCUCCUUGGUUCCCCACAGCCCGCGCCGCGGUGGGGGCCCCGGCGCAGCAGCACCUGCUGCUGAGGGACCCCGUGGCCCGCACAGGUGCUCAUGAUGGGGCUGAUCUUCGCUAAACUGUGGAGCCUCUUCUCUAACCAAGAACACAAAGUGAUUAUAGUGGGACUGGAUAAUGCAGGGAAAACCACGAUUCUUUAUCAAUUCUUGAUGAAUGAAGUGGUUCAUACAUCUCCAACUAUAGGAAGUAAUGUUGAAGAAAUAGUCGUGAAGAAAACUCAUUUUCUUAUGUGGGAUAUUGGUGGUCAAGAGUCACUGCGGUCAUCCUGGAACACGUAUUACUCAAACACAGAGUUCAUCAUUCUUGUUGUUGAUAGCAUUGACAGGGAACGACUAGCUAUUACGAAAGAAGAAUUAUACAGAAUGUUGGCUCAUGAGGAUUUACGGAAGGCUGCAGUCCUUAUCUUUGCAAAUAAACAGGAUAUGAAAGGGUGUAUGACAGCCGCUGAAAUCUCCAAAUACCUCACCCUUAGUUCAAUUAAGGACCACCCAUGGCACAUUCAGUCCUGCUGUGCUCUCACAGGAGAAGGGUUAUGCCAAGGUCUAGAGUGGAUGACCUCCCGGAUCGGUGUGAGAUAACUUUUUUGCUCAAAAGAGACUGCUCUAUUUAUUCUGUGACAUGAACAUUUUUUCCUAGUACCUUCGGCUGCUAAGGCAGCAGCAUGUUUAAUUUAUAACAACACAAACCUCUAUGAGCAACACUUGAAUCAAGUGCAGCUGAACUGGAACAUGAAAUUUUUUUCUUACCUUUUUUUAAUGCACUAAUCUUCAGUUGGAUGAACACUAACAUAUAACUAUGUUUUUAGCAACAGAAAUUUUCUGGCUGCUUAUUCUAAUUAUUCAAUGACUGCCUUGUAAGAAAUGUUUGUCAUAUGUUUAAUGUUUUCUGAACUAUUGUAAUAACUUUAGUGACCAAUUUCUUUCAUUUCUUGACCAGCCCUACCCCCACCAGCAAAUUACUGGUUUGACAAAGUAAUAGUGGAAAUGACCGGGUACUGCUUGCAAACUUAACGAGCACUAAAGAUUUGCUCCCUCUAUAAACCACUUAUCUUUUGGACUGAACUUACAGAGAAAGAAAUCUGCCUAGAGGAUAUACAUAAAGAAGAUUAAAUAUCAUGAGAACUGCCUUGAAAUGAGUUAACUUCCCCUACAUUAUUGCAAGUCAUGGAAUAAGUGACUAUUAGGAUGGAAAUUAAGUAGGCUAUUUAUCUAAAAGAAUUAAGUUCACUUCUCUGCCUAUAACACAGGAUUAGUUUUGGUUAAAAACCAAUCAAGGUAAAAUAUUCAUUUGAAAGCCCAACUUUGAUGAUAAAUAUAAAUCUAUAUUUUGAGGAUUCUAAGGAUGUCGUAUUAUUCAAUGCAUAAAUAACUAUUGGAAGUUAUCAAAGCAUACCAGCACUAAUGUUAAAUCCAGACACUUGGAGUAUAUUUUACUAUCAAUUAUAAACAACCUUAAAUCAGCAUAAAGUUCAGUUAUUCCAUUUGCAAGGGACAUCCCAUCUGUCUGGGGCAAUAGCUAAGACAAGAGUAUAAACAGUUCAUUUUAUUUCCUAAAAUUUGAAAUUGUGUCUAAUAGUAUUUCUACCACCAGCAGUGUUACUUAAAAAAACAUGGCUUUCCUUAAGUCUAUUUGAGGUUGUAGUCUAAUAGGCUUAAAACAAUUGCCCUCUUGAUAGCUAUGCCUCAUGUUCUAAAAUCUCUUACUGGCGAAUAGGAAACUGCUGAACUUAAUGCUAGCUUUUAGAAUAUUACUAUGAGACUCAAAGUUAACACUAACAAUUUAUAAAUUAAAAAUUAGGAAAAAAAAGUCAAUCUGUCAAAAGUUUAUUGGAUAGCAUUAAAAGUUUUCAAGGCAGUUGUCUAAUAUGAACAGUAAUCUAGUGCAUACCUUAGGAGGGAGAACAGGUAUUAUAAUUUUAAUCCUCUUUAUUUCAAAUAUAUGAUUUUGUUGUAAUGAAAGGAAUAAGAUACACACUUAGAGAAUAAUACUUCAUCUUUGCAGUAUUUUUUUACAUUUGGGUCAAAAAUAGGAUUCAGUGUUCAUAAGAAUAUCAAAAUACCUAUUCAAAAGUGGUAUUUUAAUUUUAAUAUUUUUAUUGUAAGUUGGUUAAAAUUUUGCAUUGUUUUCAGGUAUAUUUGAUUUAUUCUAUUUAGUUUAAUUAAUUUAGUUGAAUGUGGCAACAUUUUUUUUUUAAUUUUUAUUUAGUGUUAGCACACUCUAGAACUGAAAAAUGGCCAGAGGAAAACUUUUAGGAUUUGGGGAACUAGUUGUUUUAUUAACUUUGUUUUGAACCUUUUUCUUAGUGAUUCUAUAGGAUAUAGAGGAUACAUUUUAUGUUUAAUAGAACCCAUAGUCAAGAACAUGAGAGAAAAGCAGACAUAAAUCAAUAUGGAUACUCUUGGUGUGUAUUUGGUGGUAAGAGUAGGAGUAAUUAGAGAAAUACCAUUUAUCCAAAGCACACUUUGCCAGAAUUUCUAUCUUAGUUAUGUAGUUUAGCCAUAAAUACUGAGGAUAACUCUUAAUUCUGUCCUGAGAAAAAACACAUUAAUACUCCCAUAGUCAUUCUUACAUUGGAAUUUGUCUUCUUGUAUCUUAUAAGAUUGACUGGCUCGAUGAUCUUCUAUUAAAUUAUAUGGUUAUUUUUUAUAUUACCACAUCAGCAUUAUAUUGAAAGUGUUUUUAAUAGUUGAUUAUAUUUUGUCAAACAACUAGUAUAGAUUCAAAUUUGUUAUUUAAUUGUUAAAACACUAUUUUAUUUUCUAAAUUUCAAAAAUAUUUUGUUUUGGAUUAGAAAUGAUUUAUGUUAGCUGUGUGCUUGAAAUUGGCAUUCAACUAGAUUUUGUGCCAACGAUUGGGAAAAGUUCAGUUAGGAAAUUCAUGUGAGACUUUUAAAAAGUAUUUUAUAGGUUCUCAUUAGAUAUUUCCUGUUACAUUAAUAUGAAAACUGGUUAUCCUUUACUCCAAGAGAAUGUUUUGACCCACGCGUGGAUCUAGUGCUAAAGCGUUGAUUCUGACAUUUGUUGUAAAUCAACCAAUAUAAGAUACUGUGUGAUGAAAAAUGUAAAUUUGUGAUUAGUGCCUUUAUUCAUAUUUUGAGAUGAAUUCUCUGUGUUGUACUAUACCUGUGCUUCGGAAGUCAAAUUAAUUUAACAUUGAUGUAAUCCGAGUUUUGCCCUACCCGUCAACCCCUCAAUUGCCUAACAAAGUUUCUAGUAAGUAGUGGAAAGCAAAGCACCACCCGCAUUACUUUCAGGAGAUUACUCUUCAUUUUAUUUUUAAUUUGAGAAGAAAGAAACUCAAUUUUAUUUUCUUAAUAUAUUAUAACUAAAAUGUAGCGCUACCCUUGUAAGUUCAAAUAUGGCAUUUUUCUUAAUUUUGAACAUGUUAUGUUCUUUAUAUUUAAACCCAUCAUUCUUACUGAAGCCCAUUUGAUAACUCUUUUAGAAUUAACAGGCCCUUUUAUAUGGGAAUAUACUGCACAUUUUAUAUUGUUAGUGUAAUUUAAUUUCUUAAAAUCUGAAAUAAUAUAUAUACAUAUAUAAUCUAUUGAAAAAUUGAUGAUUACAUAAUUUUUGUUUUUUGAUCCUAUAUUUGUCUGCUUAAAGGUAUAUUUUUAUUCUAUAUCCAUUAGAGGAAAGAUAAUAAAAUCAAGUUUCACUAUUAAAAAUAAUUUUAAAUGUAUACCGCCCCUAUAGCCAUAGUUAUUUUGAUAAAGCAUAAAUUAACUUUAUCUAUAGCAUGAAGAAAAAAUUAUUUUCCUAUGGAAAACAGCGAGUGAUAUAGGCAGCAAAUGUAAACAAUAUUCUCUGAAGAGUUAUGGGGAGUCACAAAGCAAAGAAAAUUUUAAAGAAAAUAAUAAAAGCUUUAAUGUAAAAAAUCUUUUCAAUGUAGUAUCUUAGGAUAAAUUAGAAAUCGAAUUGUUUCUGACUACCACUCAUUUAAUUCUAUUAUGUGGAACCUUAUCAGUUGAAAAAAAUGUAUACUAUUAUUAUGCCUUAUAUUAAAAUUGAAAAACAAACAAAAAAAGAUACACGUAAUGGGAAAUUAAAUUCAUUUUUAUCUAUUAUUUGAUUCCCACCUCAUUAUCAUUUCAUUUGAUUCCCACCUCAUUAUCAUUUCACCAAGAAAAGUAUCAAUUAGUAACUGCUACUCAACCUAAAUUGAGCUAAUAUCUAAUGACAAUGGAAAGAGAAAAUAAGCCAUAUUGCUAAGAAAAUGAUAUUAAGGUGCUUAUAAAACAGCCUGUGUUGGAAAUAUCUCUUCUAGAGAAUUCUCUUGCUUAUUUUCUGGGUUUUUACUAAUUAGAAGUGGUUAGUUAGUUCAGAAGUUAUUGGCUUUAUUAGAUGUCAUCCCAGACUGCAGUUUUGUUUGACUUUCCAGCAUUGAAAGGAUAAUGAAGCCAGAAUGUCAAUAUUUUCCAAACGUCUGUGUAAAUCUGAGUGUAGUUUAUAUUCAAGGUUAGUUUUUCCUUUAAUUCUCAUCCUUAUUUAUUUAGCUUUACUACAAAGACUAAAAUCCAAAAAUCAGAUUCCCAGGAAGUAUUUUUCAAGAGUUCCAGGUGGCCUAAGCUAAAUAGAGAAGGCCAAUAAAAAAAGUGUGUAUUUUCAACCACUUCAUUUUAAAUUACUUAAGAAAAUAUAUUAUAGUCAACAGACCAAAAAUCAGCUUUAAAUGUAUAUGGUUUGGUAAAAUAUUUGGGAAAUGUUAAUUUGGAGACAUAUAGAGGCAUACCUAGAAACAAAAGUCAAAAUACUUGAUAGUAAAGAUAAACAUGGGAUAGAAAAAUUUUCAAAAAUAUUAAUAGAAAAUUUAAAUAAAAAGUGAAUAUCCCCCAUCUGAGGCACUUAAAAUAGGAAAUACAGUUUUUUAGUGUAGAACUGGAUGGGCCUAUAUUGUUUUUAAUAUGGUCAAAGGACUGAAGACUGAUCAGGUUUUUAGAAUUUGAGAGUGUAGUCACAUGGAGGCAUGUUUUGGAUUUUUUUACCAUCAGUAAUCUACAGGUUCUCCUAGAAAUGGAGAAUUAACAAAACGUGCCAUGCAUAUCUUUUGAAUUGGAAAACAAAGUUCUAAAGGAAUGGAAAUGUUCUCUUGCACAAACUUGUAUAAUUUUAAAUUAAAAUUUUAAUUUAAAAUUUACCUCAUUUUUCAAUCCAUAAGGUGCUUUGCUCAAGUUUGUGGGAUGGUGUACCCUCCCAUAAAUACCCUCUUCACCCAAACUCUAUUUGGAAAAUGCAAAAUCCAUAACUAAAGGGGUAGCAUUCCUUGGAGAUUUUGUUAUGUUUUACUCUUGUUUACCACCAGCAGGUCUAACCUAGUGUAGUAGAUCCACACAUUGUCUUCAUUAGAGCAACGGACAAGUGCUCAUUCAAUUUUUAAUUAGUGUAAUUAAUAUCAAAUAAGGGACAGGAAAGCCCUAAAAUUACAUUGAUUAUUUCAUACUGUGAAUAUAUUUCCGUCAGUGUUGGUAAGAUAUCAAAUGACUGUCAGUUGAUCUUGGUUGUGUAUAAAUUAUUUGCAUAUUUCGGCCCUAUUCACAAGAGACUAUAAUCAUGUUCAUCUUUCAUUUUACCUCAGGAAAUUCAGGGACUCUACAGCCCCUAUUUUGUUCUCUUGGAGUAAACUGUUCAGUGUAAUUAUAAAAACUUUUAAUUUUGAUUAUAAAGUUUAGCUGCUAUUUCAUUAAGAGUGGGAAAUAAAAUGUUGGUUAUAAUUUUUUUCCAAUUAUGUAAUAGUUAUAAAUUUUACCCUAUUCAUCUAUUGCACAGAGCAUGGUUUAAUAAAACAAAAACUAAAAGCAGUUACAGCCUUGCUCUUGCAUUUAUUCUAAUUAUAAUAUAAUGAAUAUAAUCACAUGCUGCCAUCUUAAUGUAAAUUGGUGCUUUAGAGCAUUAAAGAGGAAACAGGCUCUGUAUAACAUACUUGCUUCCGAAUGUAAAACUAAAGUGUCUGUAUUUAUAUUUAUGUUCAUUUCUUAAGAUUUAAAUACAAACUGUUGUAGUUCUUUAACCUUCAGGCUAUCUGCAAAAGCUGUAACAAUAUCUUAGCUAAUCAGCCUGGUCAAAUAGAAGACGGUGUUAAUAAGGCCAAAAUUAUUAAUUGGAUCUCUGUGUGGGCCCCCUGGUUGUACAGAAGAAAAAAAAAAUGUCUUUCAUGCCACAGUCUAUGCUUUUUAACCCCAGCCAAGCAACUGAAAUGUGUGCUAUUGGUACAAUAUAUAAGCAUUAUUAUUUUUUUAAAGCAAACAAAUUACUUAAUGAAUUCAAAUCAUCGCUUUUUGAAAAUGAUUCAAAGCAUGUUUUUCUGAUGGUGGGGUUGUUUAACACGUUUUAAAUAUUUAAUAGGUUCAUUGCUGUCAUAAAAUGCUUCUUUUAUAUGCUAAGUUUAGGUUGCUGCUACUUAUGAUUUUUUUAUUUCUGCAAUUAUGUUAUAAUGGGUUGCUUGCAUGUCUACAAAGCCAAGUAAAAGGUUGAUGUUUGCUCUGGAAUGUUCAUCUUUUAAACAGGUUUUGGCUCAUUUGCAAUCAUGGUGCAAUACAGUGUAGCAUUCAUUGGUUUUCAGUCAACAGUUUUAUUUUUGUCAUAAUAAAUAAUUACUUUUCCAAUAUGA